AUGUCGGCACCCAGAUCGGUCCGCUGCUUGCGCCAGGCAGUGCGCAGUCUCUCGACUCGCCCUGUCGCUCCCAGAUACCUGCCCAGACAAGCUCCUUGUGCAUCACACGUCGCUACUCGCUCCUUUUCGAACGCUUCGCGUGCCUACAAAGGCAUUCUGCCCGACACCGACGAGCCCACCCUCAAAGACAGAGAGCCUCUGCACGAGGUCAAGGAUCCCACACCCAUUGAGAUCGAAGAGUACCACGAGAGAGCAGACCACUACCUCGAGGAACUCGUCAGCAGAGCAGAGGAGCUGGCAGAGGAGAAGGAAGGUGUCGACGUCGAGUACUCUGCCGGCGUCCUCAACAUCGUCUACCCUCCUAACGGCACCUACGUUGUCAACAAGCAGCCACCCACCAAGCAAAUCUGGCUGAGCUCUCCCAUCAGUGGGCCCAAGAGGUUCGACUGGGUCAUGUUGGGCGAGUCGCAGCAACAGAAGGAGGGCGCUGCAUCUGGUGACUGGAUCUAUCUCAGAGACAAGACCAGCCUGACCACUUUGUUGAGAAAGGAGCUGGGUAUCACCGUGGGCGAAGAAUCCACCCGUCCUUGA